AUGAGCAAUCAUCCUCAUAUAGUUCACAAUUGGAAAGUAAAGACUUUCAAUACAUUCACAUUUUGUGAUCACUGUGCAGGACUUCUAUGGGGCUUGUGCUCACAAGGCUUCCAAUGUGUUGAUUGUAACUUCAAAUCACACUCUAGAUGCACAUCACAGGUCACUGUACAAUGUAGAGUGCAACAGGAUCGUCCAAACCCUGGAGAUGGUAGUUCAUCGUUUGAACCAAACGACACAAUCGCCAAUGUAGAUCUGUCGAUUAGAAUAGCACCACAUCGAUUCAAUCUCUCAUCCAAGGGUCUCAAGAAGUUCUGUAACUACUGUCGUGAGACUACUUUUACAUCUUCCGAUACAUGCUACACAUGCAUCGACUGUCGCUACGUGGCUCACGACGCCUGCAGAGACAAGACCCCAUCCAAUUGUCGUAUCACAUAUCAUCGCAUCAUCGACUCGCACACAUUAUCAAAUGCUGAUCGCAAUCGCGAUGAAUUCAAUCAUCACCAUUGGAUUCAGGGCAACCUGAAGGAGGUCAAGCCUUGCAUUCAUUGCAAUGAGAAGGUGGACACGUCCUUCUCUCUGGCGCACUUCAAAUGUGCAUGGUGUCGCAGACAUGUGCACAGCAGCUGCAUCGACAAGCAGCAGAUCCAGUGUGACUUUGGUGACCUCGCAGAGUUAAUCAUCCCACCAUCGUGCAUCUCCCUGUUGGACACAUCCAGCUACAACAACCACGACAAGGAGCAUGUCGGUCCAGUGCAGUGGAGACUUGAGGCCCCACUUCCAGCCAAGGCCCUACUCAUCUUUGUCAACUCCAAGUCUGGUGGACAGCUGGGCAAGACCUUCAUGCGCAAGUUCGCUUCCCUUAUCAACCCAAUGCAACUGAUUGAUCUGAUACAUGACGGUCCAGACCAUGUCAUUCAGAUAGUCCAGCGAUACCUAGAGGAGAACCCAACUGAGAUGGAAAAGAUACGAUUCUUGGUGUGUGGUGGCGAUGGUACUGUUGGAUGGCUACUACAGGCCCUCAAGAAGUACAACAUGCCACCCAUACCAAUUGCCAUUAUCCCACUUGGAACAGGCAAUGACAUGUCUAGAUCACUUGGAUGGGGACCAGGCUACAGUGGACAGCCACUGACAUCUGUCCUGAAGGAUAUCUCCGAUUCAAAGAUGACAAAGUUGGAUACAUGGACAGUUGAGAUCAAUGAGGUAGAGAAGGAGUCUAGAUCAAUCGUGAUGAACAACUAUUUUAGCAUCGGACUGGAUGCUGACAUUGCCCUUGGAUUCCAUGAGGCAAGGAACGCAAAUCCACAUCUUUUCAAGGGUAGAGUUAUCAACAAGCUGUGGUACGGCAAGAUAGGUCUGGAGGAGUUCAUGACCAAGAAGUUCCCCCUGAUGAAUGAACUACUCGAGAUCAUCAUCGAUGGCAAACCACUGCAGUUGGAUAAGAACAUCCAAGGAAUCAUGAUCAUAAAUGUCAACAACUAUGCAGGUGGCGCACAGGUCGUGGGCGUGUCGAACCUCCCUCAUCUCGGCUCCAUCAUCAGUGGUGUCAUGUCUCCGUUCAAACUGGCACAAGGCUCGCACAUUGUUUUGAAGCACAGAACAAAGAAGCAUCCAACUACCGCCAUGCAAGUGGAUGGCGAGCCAUUUGGCAUAGUCUCCAGCGACAUUACCAUUUCUUUCUUGGGACAGGUGUCAAUGCUGUCACACAGAAAAUUCGAGACCAAGUCCUCACCAAUUGUAGACAGCAUUCCAGUCAGUCCAGUAGGAUCACCCAGCUCUGACAUCCAAUUGGUAUCAUCACCACCACCCAGUGCCGUCCAAUCGACAUCAACAACCGAGACGGUCUAUGUUGUGACCCCAACGAUAAAUGUUGAUAACGUAUCAACAUCAUCAGAAUCAAACACUAGUACACAAGGAUCAGUGGUCAGUGUCUCAUCAUUGUCUAAUGAACCAGAAGUGACCAUCACCACAACAACUGGUAACACCAUCACAACAAUGAACCAAAUAUCAACUGAGGAGCUGGUUGACUGA